GUUACUUCAGACGUCAGACGAUGUUUGUCUAAUAUUUCGGAAGAGCGCGUCGCAGUAGAACACCUGUGUGGACGACAAGAGCUCGCAGGAUGGGUUGUUCUUCGUCUCAAGAAGCCGACAGUGCAAAGGGCGGAGAAAGGAAGGUAGACCACAACCUGGCGCUGGCGAUCAUAGACAUCUACCUCAAGCAGGUCCAAGCCAUCAAACGAGGUGUGGAACUAUCGGAGAGCCACCAACCAGUUCCCAGCUCCAAACUCAAACGCCUGACCUCAGCAACCCACCCCGACUUCGCCACGGACACGGCAGACAACAAAAAGGGGCGAUCGAACUUCUCCGUCACGAUGCGAUACCCGGAAGCCUUAAAAAUUCUGGAAGGAAUCUUUAGCAACCUUAAGAAGAACGGACGACCCAAGAAAGAAAACGUCUUGGAGUGGCCGUGUAAGAAAGCGAGCCGGGGUGAAGACAUGUACACGCCUCCUGAAGGAAAUUGGUCGCAGGAGGUCAAAGUUGUCGAGGCGGAUUUUACAGACGUUCUGAAACGUGAAAUCCUUGUUAUCAGUGACAUCCACUUCGGAUCUUGCCAGUGUGUGGAGGAUAACGUCCGUAGACUGUUAGAAGUUCUUACGGAGGUGCCGGAAGACGGGACCGUACACACGUUGGUGCUACUCGGGGACGUGUUUGACCUGGUGACCUGGCCGGUCAACCAGAACCCAAGGGCACCCGAAAUCUGCCAGCUGGAGUGGUCGGAAGACGAGCUCAUCCGAGAGUUUGCCGAGCGGGUGGCGAAGAUUGCCGAAGCAGGAAUUCGGGUGUUUUACGUGACGGGACACCACGACCACGACAUGACCGACGACAUGGUAGAAAGCUUGUUCGGUGACAAGGUAGAAUUCGUGAAAGGUAUCCUCAUCUACAAGGUGAACACCGGGGAACGAGACUAUUACGUCAGGUUCGAGCAUGGGCACGAGAUGGAUCUUGUGUGUACCCGCGGCAGGUUUGAGGAGACGGAGUUGAUUCACGGGCAGACCACCGGGUACUACGUGCGGCGAUUCUGUACAGCGAACCAGGGCGUCCCGUUGCGGGAACUGUUCUCCAAGAUCUUCAUGCUCCGGUCCAUCGGGCAGUACCUCGGGCUGGGUCUUCUGGAUGUCGUCAGUGAGGACGAGAAACAGAAGAGGUUCCUCAAGUUUCUGUACGAACACGCCUUCGGGAGACCCAUAACCGGAAGUGAGGCUGUUCUUCUCGGGGACGGGAAGUACGUCACCAUCGACAACCUGUUACGUCAGAGGGUCACAAAAAGGUCCAUCUCCCGAAAUGGCUCUGAUGAGACGAUGAACAUGGUGAUGGCGAUGAUGUUUGACUUCAGCGGGUUCCUGCAGACGUGUGAGGAGGACGUGGUCAUCCUGGCGCACACGCACUACUGGAUCACGGAGAGGCACAGGGGUGCCAGGGGACAGGAGGUGCUGUAUGCCAACAGCGGGGCCUGGUCCCGGGGUGUCAAGGAGGUGACGUACGUGAAGAUAGUCCCACCGGCGGAAGAAGACGGAAUAGUGGAGGUGGUCAGUCAGCCUGCUCACCAAGCUGCUCACUAGAAAUAGUAUCGGGAAACAUCUCCUUUAUUUCUUUUAUUUUGUCGAAGGAACUAGGCACAUUGUUAUCUUAAUUUCAACACAGAAUUUUGUAUAGCCAACCUAACUGUAAAGAACCACAUGUAAAUAUCUCAGUAUGAAUAAGAUUUUCAAUGUGUCGCACUUCAUUUAUAACGUUUUUAUGACUUAGAAUGUGUUUUUUUAAUGAUAUCUAGAAAUAAAAACAAAAGCAAAAAAUACAAACUGUUUGAUAUUGUCUGACCGUGAUGCAACACGGGAUAAUUUCAUUGGUGUAACAAGUCAUAGUAUUUAUUUUCACUUGAACUUUGGUAGCCAAUCAAUCCCAGCCUGUAAGGUGUGACAAAAUCAACCACCGACAGGGAUCUAAG